AUGAGAACAGCAAUAUUCGUUUUGUUUGUGGCGAUGAUCGUGGUUGUGUCGUGUCGUCCAGAGAAACCUGACUUAAAGCAACUAAAAGCCGAGGGAGCUCGCAAGAAGGCAUGCUUGCACGACUGUACCAGUGCUAAGUUUGAGCCAGUCUGCGCGGGCAAACAGGGAGAAAAACCUAAAUCCUUUGGCAACGAAUGUGUCAUGAACAACUACAACUGUGAAAAUAAAGAGACUCUUCAGAAGAUAAGCAAAGGCGAAUGUCCCGGAUCUGAUGGAAUUCGUCUCUCU